AUGCAAAAUUUAACAUAUAAUACACUCAAUUUGCCAUCUACUCCAUAAACUCCCUCUACGCCCACUUUCGAGUAUUCUGACUAAGAUCAAAGUUCUAAGCAUACCUCUCGUAGAACCCUGUUUGAUUUAGAAGAAGAAUACAUGAUUCAUAAGAACCCUAUUUUUAGAAGAAGGCUAAAGAAUAAAUAGAAUACUUAAAUGGAUUCUACUACCUUUUUAGGUCGAAAUCUAUUAGAGAAUGACCUAGAAUCGCUGUGA